AUGGACUUCCGUUUGCCGCAAGCUGCAAUUGCCUUUAUGGUAGUCAUCGGAGGUGCGGUCGCGUGGAAGCUGUUGAAUUCUCUGAAGAGCCCAAUGGCAAACCUGCCCGGACCUUGGCAUACGAUAAUUUCAGACCUUCGAUUACGAUACGAAGUUGCCAGGGGACGAGGACCCCAUUGGAUCCAUCAAAUGCAUGUGCAAUACGGUCCCGCGGUUCGUUUGGGUCCUAGUGAGGCAAGCUUCCAAGACCCAGCCGCCGCCCAAAUCAUACAUCGCAUCAAAGGCGAGUACUUGAAGGCGGAUCUCUACGACAAAUUGAUCACUGGAGUUGUCAAUGUUUUCACCACUCGGAAUCUUGACGUCCAUAAACGCCAGCGACGUCUCCUAUCGUCCGAGAUGGCCGAGUCUGCACUUCAGAAACACGUCCCCGUAGUCGAAUCAAACAUUCGAUUGGCACUGAAUCGCAUGCGGGAAAACAUGGAGAAGAAUGACUACACGGCAAGUACAUCACUCAACUCUACCGAUAUAUGUACUUACUGUCUUUGA